CCAUUGAUGUGCAUUAUUUUCAAGAGGACGGACACUGAUUCAUUCUUCAUUUUAGCGGUGUCGUGGGGUUUUCUGUGAAUUGAAACCAUGGUGUCCCACUCUCUGGCUCUGCCGAUGAUCUGCUUCACCACGUUGUGGGGGCUGGUGGGGGUCGUGGCUCCUUUCCUAGUGCCCAAAGGACCAAACCGGGGAGUGAUCGUCACCAGCCUGAUCCUCACAGCCAUAUGCUGCUACCUGUUCUGGUUGAUAGCCAUUCUCGCCCAGACCAACCCUCUAUUUGGUCCUCAGCUCAAGAAUGAAACUAUAUGGUACCUGCUCUAUUUCUGGGAGUAAAUCUGGACUGUGUAAUUUCACGCCUCUCAUCAUUCCUGUCCUCUGGUUUGCUGGACUUAAUUUGAGUAUAACUCCGAAUCCACCGUCCACAAUGAAUUAAUGGGACAUUUUAUCUGUUGCUGCAUUUUAUAACUCAAAUAGGAGCGUCAUUUUUGUUUUGAGUAAUCUGGGCAAUAUUAAGGGUCAUGUACAGUAAUUUUAAAGGAACAUCGCAGUGUGUGUUUUUUUUGGGUUUUUUUGGGGAGAACAUCCAAUGAGUUUUAAGGCUUCAUAUGUGUUAAGAAUAUAAUUUUACAACCAAAUGUGUGCUAAUCAGACAUGCUAAUGUAUGAGGAUUCUGUUAAAAACUAUAAAAACAUAAAAUAAUGGGAACUAAUUUAUAGAAUGGAAGAAGGUUCAUAUUAUUCAGCUUAAACAUCCAAAAUCACUGCGAUGCUCCUUUAAGACACAGGCUUUUCAUUUUACUGUUGAAUGAAUUUGUGAAGUUGAAGAGACUUUGUAAGUAGAUGUUGACCUUCUGUCCCAGAAAUGUGUGAAACUCCAGUGUUUUAGUUUACUGUGUUUUUAUUAUUUAUGUUUUUGUCAUCAGGGAACACAAGCUAAUUGUUGAUAUUUAUUUUGGCCUGGAAGCACUGACGUAGGACAGUUGUAAUUACAGUGUCCACAUGGCCUUGUUAUAUAACUGUUAAUAAGUGUGAUGUAAUGCGGUGUGACUGUAAAUAUGUGUAUGUGUGAUGGAUUCAUUACUGUGAGUACUUGGACUGCAGCCAUGAGAAUCUCCCAAAACUGUAAGAAGUGAAGAGUAAUUCCCUCCACUUUAGACCACUUCAGCAUGCAACUCCCUCCCACAUUCCCCUCGACACCACGGAGGUCCUCGUUGCCAUGGUGAUCUCAUCGCCCAAUUCAAUCCCUUUCCACUCGACCCCUUUUGAUGAAAUCCUGCCCAUUCUCGCUGGUUGUGUACAGACAUACUGUAGGUAACAGCAGAGGGCAUGCAUUCCGUAUUCAUUCUGCUGUUAGAUUUUGGUUUAGUGUGUGUUAUAUUAACUCCCUCAAAUUAUUUAAUGACUACAGAUUCACAGAAUUCUUUUUACUUAAACUUUAGAUUUUUUUUGGUCUUUUUUCCAGGGUUAAUUGCUCCUUAAAGCUGUCAUUAGACUGAGAAAAUGACUGCCUUUAAAUGAAUUCAUAUGCAAAAGAAACCAAGCAAAGAAAUAGUACAUUUUAUGGAAGACAGCUGUCCCGCAUGCAAGACAUGUUUUGUGUGUUUAGAUUGUAGUUGUUUGUUGUAGAACUGUACAAAUGUGAAUAGUUCUGCACCCCGGCUGAUGUUUUCUGCAGUGAGAGUAAAGCCCCAGUAACGGGAGCUUCAUCAAAGUAGCACUCAGGCAUGAGCUGUAGUCUGAGCGGCACAGCCAGUGGUGAUGGCGUGAACCAACAGACAGGCUGACCUAUUUCGUUUGGGAAUCACUUUUGCUCAGAUCAGUCUAUGUCUGCUGAGUGUGGUGGAGCUCAUGAAUACAUCCGACAGCUUUUAUCAGAGCCUCGCACUAACUUUACAACAAAUGCUGCAGAAAGUGGUGGGUGUUCCUUGUUUACUACUGUGUUCAUGGUAACACUCUGCUCUACAGAAACACUAUGUAUAUACAUACACAUAAGGCAAAGUAUGUAACAUUAAAUAAAUAGACUCUUAUGCUACUUCUUUUCAAUCAUCACUUCUGAGCCUUUGCCAGUGUGUGGUGUUAUUUACCUGCACAGACCUUGCCCUCCGCUUGAAUUUUCUUUUUUCGUCUUUUUUGUGCUGUUUUCUAGAUGUUUCUCAGUGUCAGUAUUUCCAUCUGAUCUAUAACUGUGACUCCGGUUGUAGGCAAUCUCGUCUUUUUGCUCUUCUUACAGUUCUGUAUGAGGCAAAAGUCUGGGCACAGAACACACAUGUGCACAGACUUAACCUGUCACCUCACACAAGAGGAAAUUAAUGCUUCACCGUCAACAUUCCUGUCAAGACUUGGGUGUGUUUGUGUUUUUAGAAUGUAACCGCUGUGACAAAAUCAUAUCCAUCCAUUCUUGGUUGAGGACAGGCCAAGUUUGAACACUGCUUGCAAAAACAAGCAGGAAAUGUUAUAUACUUUGCCUUCAAAUUAAGGGAAAUUUUUUAUCAGAAAUUGAAAAGGGACCCAGAAAUGGCCAUUGCUGUCACACCAUCAGGGUCAAAGGUCAUGUGCCUGCAACAUCUCUCCCUCCACCUUCAAGUUGGGGCUUAUUGUCUAAUUUGCCACAGAUGCUGGAACUGAGGAAAACAAUCAGCUUGUUGGUGUAAAAUCACCUGAAGGUGAUGUUUAAGGCCACAAUGUAUAGUCUGUUCUCAUGGAACAAUAACUGUUCUGUUCGUUUGUUGGUCUGUUCACAUGCGUUGGAGUCUGGAGAACAUUAGUGUGCACUGAAACGGUCAUUGAUAACCAGCCACAAUGAUUUCCAUGUCCCCUGCUUAUCAUUUACACUGAAUGCUGAGUUGAGGCUGUUUUACCAUGAAAUAUCUCAAGGCUAGAAUGUAUUGUUUUAUUGUUCUGAUGUCUGUACCUUCUCUUGGCAGUAUAGUUUACCUAACUGGCCUCAAAAAGGUUGUUCAUCUCCCUCACUUUACCUCUUUUUCUGAAACCUUUGCCUUGAAUAAUGCAGUGUUCUACAUUUCUGUUUCUCUCUGAUGCUUUAAAGAACACGGAGCCUUGAGUGCAGAGCCACUACCACAACUACAUCCCCCACCUCAGGCCCUGAGAACCCCUCUACCCCUUUCCCUCCCCAUCCUCUCUAAAACCACUUUGCUUCAGCCAAAAAGAAUCAAAAUCAAUAUACAGCUACUUUUUAGAAAGACCAAAUUGUGUUGUAUCUUUUCCUCCAGCCCUCGUCGUAGUUGUGGUAGUGACAUGCGUCAGAACGUGGAUUUCAUUUUUAGUGGUGAAUUUUUAAAAAAUUUGUGCGUCUCUUUCCUUCAAUACAUUCAAUUGUAACUGAACCAGAGGCUUUAAACAAAAUUAACAUGUUCUCUGGUAACCUGUCAUCCUGCCAGGUUAGCGAUGUUGUUGGCAGGGAGUCAAACUUCAUCAAGGUCCUGUAACCUUGUGGUUGUGUUUGUAUUUUUUGUUUUUUCUUUUCGUGUUGAUAACA